CGUAGGAUGACAGCAUCCAGAGGCGGCAGUCUUAGCCCUAACAUGGCAUGGUUAAGGGACAGGGACACUGCACCCAGACCACUUCAUUGAGAUUACGUGGUCUGGGUGACUAUAGUCUUCCUCUAAUAAGCGAAAUAUUAGAUUAAGCUAUUUCUUAAUUUUCCUAUUAUUACAUUGUUAUAAAUUAUAUAUAGUGUAUGACUGUUGGUAUUUAAAUCUUUUUUUUUCCUCUCUGUUAUUUUAGGUUCCCAGCAUGUUUCAAAUCGAAUACUAUUGUGACUUACAAUGGGCAUCAAUACUUCUGAAGAUGGGAAUGGUUUGAGAACUGGCACUGCUGUUGAAAAUGGAGCUACUAUAGUAGCUGAGUCCAUUGCUAUAAUUAUUAUUGAUAUUCUAAUAUGCUUGGGAAACCUUGUCAUUGUGGUAACCCUGUACAAGAAAUCCUACUUGCUCUCCCUCAGCAAUAAGUUUGUCUUCAGUUUGACUCUUUCAAACCUGCUUAUGUCUAUGUUCGUUCUUCCCUUUGUUGUCGUCAGCUCAAUACUUAGGGAAUGGAUCUUUGGAGUAGUUUGGUGCAAUUUUUCUGCACUACUGUACAUGCUGAUCAGUUCUGCCAGUAUGCUUACUCUAGGGAUUAUAGCAAUUGAUCGGUAAGUUAUAUUUUUGUUUACAUGUUGUAUGGAGAACCUUACAUGUCCCCUUCCUACAUUUUUCAUUAGAGUCCUCUUUUUGUUUUGUUUCUUGGGUGAGGGGGAUUGGGGUACGGCCAUGUUUAUGGAGACAUACACUUGUAUGAUCACUAAUUCUUCCUUAAAAGGCAUUCCAUGAGAAGUCUCAGCCAGUUCUUGGUUUCUCCAGAUAUCAUUGAUGGAUAAUAUCUGGUAAUAGAAUAUUCAGGGCUUAGAUGUAGGUCUUGCUCUAUUUGCAUAUUAUUUAAAUCCAUAGAUUGAGGGAUAAUAUCCUCAUGAAGUGAUGCUCAUAACCACAGGUAAUUAUUGAAAAAUAAUAGCUUUAUCUUUCUUAUUUCAGAAGAUUACAUUGUUCAGCAUUGUGUGAUAGUCAAUAUACCACAUGCACUCAGUUCACAUUUGCGCGUGUGUGUGUGUGUGUGUGUGUAUGUGUACAUCCAUCUAUAUAUUUAUAUAAUAUAUGUUGCUCAUAUUACAGCCAUGUUGCCUCUUUGAACACACAUACACACACUGAUACAUGCACACUCAAACACUCAGAUGCACAAAAACACACAAUGAUAAACAGACACACGUUGACAAAUCUGACAAACAAUCAGUGUCUUUCUAGCAGUGAGUAUUGGUACAUGUGUGUGCGUGUCUGGCAUUGUGUGUCUAUGUAUAUGCCUGAGAUUGUGUGUGGUAGUAAAUAUCAUUGUGCAUAUACGAGUGUAUAUGUGUGUGUAUCCAUGACUGUGCCUAGAAGGCAUAUCUCUGUGUCUGGGAGUGUGUGUGGAGCAGCUGCCGGCAGUGUGUAGUCUAUAUGGAGAGACUGCUUGGUGCAUAUGUGGGAGGGGGGCGCCUGUGUAUGACUGAGUGUGAUUCAAUAAGUGUUUGUGGGGUGAGCUUCACAGAAUGAUGGGGUGUGUGACAUGAUGACUGUUGGGAGCCAAUUGUGACAAGGUGAUUGGGGGGUUACAUGGUGACUGUCUGGGGGUUGCGUGUUGGCACAAGUGGGUAUCCCUCUAUGUGGUAAAACCAAUUCGAAGGGAUAUUUUUCUUACAAUACAGGACUGAUACAAAGUUUCCCUUAGAGCCAUAACGAAAACAAGGUCUUUCUGUACACAGUUCAAGAUGUUCUAUAUUGGAUAACAGGUCACAGAACUAUCUUAGCAAUAGCUUGUCAGGUUGCUUACUAUAAAGUAAACUGAUCAGAACUGGCUUCCCCUUACUGCAGCAGUGAACCCGUCACAGAUGUGGGUCCCACUAAUGGGCCGUUCAGCUAAAUACUUGUCACAAUGCGCAAGUCCAGGACAUCACCAGUGAUGUGAGAUCAUUUAAUGUCUAAUCUCUGUUGCACAUGUGCAAUGCAACAUUCCAUUAUCCCUAAGGAUAGGAUACCGAUUAGCUGGAUAAGUUUCCUUCCCGAAGUGUGUCUUGAAAGUGCAUGCAAAACAGGGGGUGAGAGAUCUAUAUAUUAUAUUUAUUUAUUUAUAUAUAUAUUAUUUUUUUUGCCUGCUUUUUACAAAAUUUAAAACUAAAGCUAUUGAAUAAGAUGAUUGUCUAAACGUGAUGCAUGUCCCUUUCAGUGUUUUUUGGUAUAUAGAUCUUGUCCCUGCAGUCGUAGUGCUCCAUUAUCUGACAUUUAGGAGUUACAUCAUUAUAUAUAUUUUUUUAUUAUUCUAUACUGUCAGCACCAGCCCUGGCUGAGACUCCUUACACACUUCCUUUCUUCAGAGUGUGUUUUAAUUUAGAAUUGUGUUUUCUCCUCUGUUAAUAGCCGGCUAGAGUUUGCAACAGCCCUGUGUAUGAUUAAAGUUCAAUUAGCCAGGGGAGGGAUGGCUAGUGAUGCGCAAACAAAAAUAAUUUAAAGUAUCUCACAAACGUGAGUACACCCCUCAUGUUUUUGUAAAUAUUUUAUUAUAUCUUUUCAUGUGACAACACUGAAGAAAUGACACUCUGCUACAAUAUAAAGUAGUAAGUGUACAGCCUGUAUAACAGUGUAAACCAGACCUAAACCCUAUUGAGCAUCUGUGGGGCAUCCUCAAACAGAAGGUGGGGGAGCCCGCGGUCUCUAACAUCCACCAGCAACGUGAUGUCAUCAUGGGGGAGUGGAAGAGGACUCCAGUGGCAACCUGUGAAGCUCUGGUGAACUCCAUGCCCAUGAGGGUUAAGGCAGUGCUGGAAAAUAAUUGUGGCCACACAAAAUAUUGACACUUUGAGCCCAAUUUGGACAUUUCCACUUAGGGGUGUACUCAUUUUUGUUGCCAAAGUUUAGACAUUAAUGGCUGUGUGUUGAGUUAUUUUGAGGGUACAACAAUUUUACACUGUUAUACAGGCUGUACACUUACUACUUUACAUUGUAGCAGAGUGUCAUUUUUUCAGUGUUGUCACAUUAAAAGAUAUAAUAAAAUAUUUACAAAAAUGUGAGGGGUGUUCUCACUUUUGUGAGAUACUGUAACUCCUGAAUGACAGAGAAUUGACCUGUGAGUCUGCAGGUGUAUGAUCUAUACACCAAAAUUACUUCUGUAUGGUAAAGUUGUCUUGUGGCUUAGAGUAUCCAUUUUAAUAUUGGUCUCUCUCAUCAUGAAAUGUGUUCUAAUUUUGAUGUUCUACUAUGCCUUUUGCAUUUUUACAUUUAUUUAGAUUUAUUUAUUCUAUUCUAGGUAUUAUGCUGUUCUUUAUCCUAUGGUGUAUCCUAUGAAGAUCACUGGGAACCGAGCUGUUCUGGCCAUAGCAUAUGUUUGGCUGCACUCUCUCAUCGGAUGUAUACCACCUCUCUUUGGAUGGUCUUCUUUAGAGUUUGAUCACUUCAAGUGGAUGUGUGUAGCCGCCUGGCACAAAGAGGCAGGAUAUACUGCGUUUUGGCAAAUAUGGUGUGCCUUGCUGCCAUUCUUGACAAUGAUGAUUUGCUAUGGCUUUAUAUUUCGAGUGGCUAGGAUAAAAGCACGUAAAAUUCAUUGUGGAACUGUUAUUAUUGUCCAAGAUGUUUCCCAAAAGAAUGGAAGAAAAAAUUCCAGUACUUCUACAUCCUCUUCAGGAAGCAAGAGAAAUGGCUUUUCCAGUAUUGUUUAUUCAGCCAACCAAUGUAAAGCCUUCAUCACUAUACUUGUUGUUAUUGGUACUUUUGUUCUUACUUGGGGACCAUACAUGAUUGUCAUAAGCACUGAGGCCUUAUGGGGGAAAAACAGUGUUUCUCCAAUGCUGGAGACAUUAGCUACCUGGCUAUCGUUUACUAGUGCAGUAUGCCACCCGCUUAUUUAUGGACUUUGGAAUAAAACGGUACGCAAAGAACUCCUAAGCAUGUGCUUUGGAAACCGGUAUCGAGAUCCAUUUCAUCAGCCUAGAACAUCGAGAAUGUUUAGCAUUUCCAACCGAAUAACAGGUAAUGUAAUACAUCUUUAUUGGCAACCUGUAGAUCAGUGUUUCGCGUUGAUCAGUAGAAGCUUUAGCUAUGUGAUCCUGUAACCAAGUAGUAGCUGGGAUCCUCAAACAAUCUUUGGGAAAGUGAACUGAGCCCAUCGCAGUGCUUUCCCAUAGUAUUGGCUGAGACUGUCAAGGAGGCAGAUCAGAGGCAGAGCCAGCACAAGUCAAACACUGCCCUGGCUAAUCAGCAUUUCAUAGAGAUGCAUUGAAUCAAUGCAUCUCAAUGAGGAAUGUUCAAUGUCUCCAUGCAGAGGGUGGAGGCCCUGAAUCCCAUUGCUGCACACUGUGCAGCACUGCCCUAGGAAGCACCUCUAGCAGCCAUCUGAGGAGUGGCCAGUGGAGGUAUCCCUAGGCUGAAAUGUAAACACUGCAUUUUCUCUGAAAAUACAGUGUUUACUGCAAAAAGCCUGAAUGGAAUGAUUAUACUCACCAGAGCAAAUACAACAAGCUGUAGUUGUUCUGGUAACUAUAGUGUCCUUUUAAAUAUAAGAAAGUGAUAUUCUUUUUCAUAUAGUGUCUAAAUCCUUAUCUAAAUCCGUCUUAAAUGAAGAAUGAGCAACCUCAACAUCCAGGCAAGUGUAACAUAUAGAGUAGCAACAUCAUAACAUCUAUAUGUUUUGUGCGCAAUACACCUUAGCAAUAUACUUGUAGUAUGAAUUGAUGUAAAUGUAGAGGUUAUGUUGGUACUGCUGUAAAUGCUACACUUUACUGCACAUGGGAUUGGUCACUUGAUAAGGAGAGCCCCUAAGUGUGAAAAAGUAAGGGACCAGUUCUUAGCCUAUUAGCAGCCUGCUGCUCGGAGGCUUCCUGAUUGAAGCUUCGGACUUGGAGCGGGAGUACAGGGGCAGUGCAAUCAGGCACAUGUUUGAAGAUUUUGGGGGUAAAACUGAUAAUGGUUUAACCUCUUCUAGUAAGAUGAUGCCCAAGACCACCUCACAUCACAAUAACGUCAUUGUAAUAAAGUCAUUAUGGUGCCCCUUUUUAAUAUUUGUUUCUGUUUUUAUUUUUGGCGGUCCAACUUACAUUGAUAUUGUACGUUUCUAGAGGAGGGACAUUCCAUUCCACAUCAGUUCACAUUAGUAUUAUUGCAAACAUUAUCUUUCCCUGCACAGCACUUCUAGCAAUUUAAAGGGUGGAGGGGUUUCUUUUUGUUCUUUGAUCACAACAUAUAACCAGAAAACAAAAAUACAUUUUUAAACACAAGCUAUUUUUUUAUUGUCCCAGAUAUUUGCCUCCUCUUGAAACUUCCAACAAUAUUUAUAUCUGUUAUGGUGGUUAUUUUCUACAUUUGGUAUCUUAUCUUGUAGUCAGGGCAUAUAUAUAUAUAUAUAUAUAUAUAUAAUAUUUUUUCAUAUUUAUUCUCUUUGUGUUGUUUAGCUUGUAGAAUUCUUUGAAACAGUCAGUUGGUUACUCCAUGGUACACACAGAAUUACUGAAGCAAAACAUGAAGUUUGAGGUUAUUGGAGAUUCUCAAAAAACACCUGUAGGGGUAGAUUUUUAUUCUCCUGAUAUUGGAAAAUAUGUCAAAACUCUGGAGACAAUUUAAUUUUAGAACGUUAGAGAAGAUGCUCAUAAAUUUACAUGGUAAUUGCCCCACUUUUUGGUACACUGAUCCACGAAGGCAUAACAUUUUUAUUUUACAUAGUCUGUGCUAGAGAUCAGAAAUGUAAACUUCAUACAGUUCUGCUUUCCUCAAGUUACCCAAUUUUCAAAUGUUUUUUCCACCCCGUUUGCCUUUAUCAUAUUGCAAAUCUAUAUAAACUAAGUAUUGUUUGUAUUGUUAAUUAUGGAUUGAACUUCCCCCUUUCUCCCCCAUUAGAUCUCGGAUUGCCUCCUCAUCUCACUAGUCUUAUGACAGUUGGAAAAGAUUCUGACCACCAAAGUACUACAACAAACACAGCCUUCAGCUACUCAAACGAUUCAGGUAAUUUUCUUUGUUUGAUAAUGUUUAGUUCAGUUCUUGACACCCAAUGAUCUACGGCUGUUAAAAUGUAUGUAGAGAGACCACACAGGUAUGAACACGCUAUUUAAAUUUCAUGGGAAAAUGACCAAACCAUAAAAUAUCUUGUAUCUCUAGUUACAGAAAAUAUAAUAAAGGAACAGUUAUCUCUAGUGGUUAUGGUGUCAGACGUGCCCAGGCCUCCCCACACCUAGUGAAAGAAGUCAAGCUAUAUUUUUUUUGAACGGUUAGACGUCUUCUUACCUGGAAUUUGCAGGUGUGCUCCCUUUCCCUAUUACUAAGCACAAAUGUCUGCACGCUACAUUGAGUCCUGUCGUGUUGCACUCAUUUGGCUGAAAUCAUCAGCACUAUAAAAGCUCUUCAGCUUGAUUAGGGGCAAAAUACCUAAUCUGAUCCGGCACGGAGGGUGAGUAUUUGUCCUGCAGCUAGACCCUAAUGGCAUAAGGCCCUCUUUUUGUAGGAUGGCAUGCCCUUACACUGGGAAAGGGUUACACAUGCACCAGACAUCCCUUGGACAUUGACAAGUCUCUCUUUACAGGCAUAUAAUUCCUAGCAUAGUGUUUCCCUAUAGAAAGGAAUAGCAUUUAUCUUUCAAACUACCUCUCUAGACAAAGUAAAUAUAGAAAUACAUGGAUCAAUUCUGUUUAAAUUCUGGGAUUCUGACUAUUUACAUAUUUUGAUCUUUUGACAGGAGGCUGUGUUUGCCUCAAGCUCUCAUCUGUCACUUUACCCUGACAAUGUGUCUCUUUAUUCUGCUAAUGGAAGAAAAAUGAAAAGCUUCAGAGAUUAUAUACAAUGGAAAAGUAAAUAACAUUUAAUAAAAGUAAAGUAAAAGUGUUUUCCUUUUAACUAAAAACAAAAAAGGAAAAUUUAAAUGGAGCAAAAAAAAAAGUGCAGGGGAUUUUCUUUGUGUGUCUAGAAUGAUAUUCUGUCUGUCUAAUGACAAUUAAACUGUUGCACACUAUGCAAUUGUAGGUAACAUUCUAAAACAAGCAUUUACUGUUUUAGUAAUCGUCGUGAGGAAGCUCAGUAGUGAAUAGUUUGCGUAGCCUGAAACUAGAUGGCUGGUGGGGACACCUAUCACCUACCAGGGAUCUGAAAUUUCUAAUGUCAUUUAUUUCUUUGUUUAGAAUUCAGAUUUUUAAUUUCUUCAGAUAUUGCCUGUUAUCUCCUAAAGUUAUGAUACAAAACAAAGAGGGUACUUUAUUAUUGAGUUCCCCCUUUAUCAUAUUGUAAAGCAUUGUGGGAUAUGUUGUCGCUAUAUAAAUGCCAGUCAUAAUAGAUCAUAGAGUAAUACAGUUUGGCAUUAAAAUGGGGACGCUGUAUAAUCUGCACCCACAGACUAAGGCAUUCCGACUUGUCAGACUGUUUUGAAGUUCCAUGCAAGCUUUCUGGAUCUAACCAGAUGGAUUAAGAACAUGGUGAAGUGGAUAUCAAUUCAGUCAAUUGAUUAUUUUGUGUAUCUGCCCUCGGCCAAAUUAAAGAAAUAGUGCGUGCACACUCCUAAAGUAAUUAACACCAGACACAGGUUUCAGGUUAAUGAAAAACUUGAGGAAUGUUUAUUCAGGGACGACGACAUGUCCCUUAUAAAGCAAAAUUACAUCAUAAGCAUUGUCAGAGAUAACAUGGAAUAAUACAUCAAUAAUUGGUUAGGUGUUAAGUGAUUCAUUUAGUGCUCUACCUACUGAGGGUGAUGUCACUAGCAUCGUGGAGGUCUCCCCCAGAUUCCAGCGCCAUCUUGUUAAUGAGGGUGUUAGUCGAGGUUGGAGGGGAAACUCCCUAGCGGCCAUUUUAGGUAAAUCACAUAUAAAGCUGGAUAAUACUGAUUGAAGUUAUACUAAGUAAAUAGACAUUUUACUAACAUAAAUUAGAUUAAUAUUUUAUGUCCACAACACGUGGCAUAUUUUUUUUUUUUUUUACAUUUAACUUUGUCAAAUCUCCAAUAACAUAAGAUUUUAUAAUUCGUUUGUGUUAACCAUAUUUUACCAUACUAUCCAUAUAUUUUUAUUGCUUAUCCUUUUAAGUACCAGUGCGGGUCUGUCGUCAAAACAAUCUGUUGUUUAUAGAUCAUAUCCAAAAUGAACUAAUCCACUUAGUUAUUGAGUUAAAGAAUUUGUAGAGCUAUAGAUGACUGUUGUUUUUUGUUUUGUUUGUUUGUUUUGUUUGUUUUCAAGCUGAUUAAAUAUCUGUUUUUCUUUUUUUUUUUAGGUACAGAUGUUAUGUUGCUGGAUGACUACAGCUCGGACAGUACCCAGCACACUAGAUCUAUUUACUCUAGAAGAAAAAGUUCUGUAACAUUUGAAGAUGAGGUGGAACAGAAAUGUGGUAAGCAAUUAAAUGUUACAAUUUUAGAGAUCGGUGUGAACAAAAAAGGAUACGACUGACUUUUUGUACCUUGAACUGGUAAAAGCAUUAAAUAAAAUAGGAAAAUUCUAGCUCAGUCACAUGCAAUUACUGGAGUUAGAAAAAAAAAAACACACUUAAAGGAACACUGCAGUGUCAGGAAUACAAACUUGUAUUCCUGACACUAUAGUGUUAAAAACACAUUUUAGUGGCUGGCCUCCCCUUGCCGCUUUAAAAAAAAAAAAAGUAUAAAACUUGCAUUUAUUUCAUUGCUAUUCCGGUCUUGCUGUGGCUGGCUAUCCCCCUACUCUGCCUCCAUGGCUGAGAUUACCAAAAUUGCCAAUCCCAGCCAAUCAAAUGCUUUUCCAUAGGAAAGCUUUGGGAGGUUAUUGCGUAUCUGUGACAAAAUUCUGCGCUGCACAAAUCAACAUCUCCUAAUAUUGAUGCUUUGAAUCAGUGCAUGUCUAUGGGGAGCAUUCAGCGGCUCCAUGCAGAGCGACGCUGAACGUCAUGACACAGGAAGCACCUCUAUGGUCGUCUGGCCGUGACUGCCACUAGAGGUGUUCCUAGACCAGCGGUUGGCAACCUUUUUUAGUGCUGUGCCUAAACAAGAUCUUGAAGUCCCUUGGUGUGCCGAUCCUAUUUUUUAAAAUUGAGGUGUGUAUGUUGCCAAAUUGUUUGUGUGUUAAAUCGAAGUAUGUAUGUUGCUGUAUUCCGCUUGUGUUAUUGUAUGUGGACUGUUACAUUGUAUAUGUUCAUGAUUGGUUUGUGAUAUUGUGUAUGAUACCUAUGAAUGUGGAUUUUGUAUGGAGGCUGCUUGUGUGUCUGGAUGAUAUGUCACAUAGUGUGUUUGGUGGUGUGUGUAUGUGUGGGACUGCUUGUGGUAUUGCAUGUGACAGGCUGCUUUUGGGUUGUGUGUGUGUGUGUGUGUGUAUAUGGAUUGUUAGUGGUGUGUGUGUGUGUGUGUGGAUUAUUUGUAUGAGUUGCAGGUUUCUUCUGAAGCUCUGUGUAUAUCUAGCAAUGUGGUUGGCUUCCCCGGGAUCCAGUCUGGACUGGGCUGGUCAGGUCAAGGGCAGGAGCUCAAUAUUUGCUGAGAGCUGCUCUUCUGCAGUGCAGAUUCCUGUUAGCAAAUGCUGGGAGAAAGUGAUUUGAGAUCACUUCCUAUAUGUGCUGCAAUGUGUAAAUUGAGGAUUGUCUCUUACCACCUGGAAUCACUGCUCAGUUUGAAUUAGAAGAUAUCUGAAGUCCUACUGGGACUCCUGUUGGGCCAGAGCUUCACACAUGACCCACGUACCAUAGGUUGCUGACCCCUGUUCUAGGCAGUAAUGUAAACACUGCAUCUUCUCUGAAAAAGCAAUGUUUACAUUAAAAAGCCUGCAGGGACAGGCUAUACACACCAGAACAAUUACAUUAAGCUGUAGUUGUUCUGGCGACUGUAGUGUCCCUUUAACACACUUCUACAUUUCUUUAAAUUAUGAUAUGAAAAUAUUGCUUAUUUAUUACACGAUUACAUAGCAGUAUGCUGCUCAGCUAGGUUUUAUGAGUACAUCACAUGUCUAUGGACCAAGGGAGUUUGUUAAUCCCAGCCAGUGAAGUAUCUAUUGGCUAUUAAUAGAAUUGAUUAAUAUACUUCCUGUAGCCUUUAGCCACUCAAUUAUUUUUGAAGUUGUUACCUUUUGAAAUAGUUAAGUAUGUCAGUGUUUAAAAGAAGGCGGAAAAAUAUGUUGCAAAUAUAUUUUGUACUUAAUGGAUAUACUUUAAAAAAAAUUGACAUAUGGCAAAUUAAGUGCGGAAAUCAUGUAGUUCAGCUUCUAUUUUAAGUAAAUACUCCCUUCAAUUUUUAUUUUAUCACUAUUUAAUACAUACACCCCCUAAGAAAAUGUGCAUUUUAUAUAUAAACAGCUUGCAAAAGCUGCACACCUGCUUUGUUUAUCUUUUGCAAACUCUAUCCUUUAUCGCCAUUGAUCAAUCAGAGGAUUCUCAUUAAGAAUCCUUUGUACUGGAGCUGUGUGUACACACGUGAUCACAGCUUUCUAAGACGUGAAGGCAGGCACACGUUAGCCCAGCUCACCUGCCACUUCCUUUAGCUCUGUGGAGCUAACGGAAAAGGGGGUGGGAGGGUGACUCUGGCUGUCUACUUUAUAGUUGGAAAGGUGUUAUGGUGCUGUUACAAAAGUUCUGAUUUCAAUUGAACAGAUUUAUAAAACAAUUGUAAUUUCUUUUGAAAUUGACACUUCUAUAAACUGUCAAAAAAUGUCAGACAUACUUAACUGCUUUAUGUAUUUGGAGCAUUCUUUUAGCAAGCUUUUAAAUCUCAUGUACAGGUAUAUCUUGUUCUAGCCAGGUUGCAAGUUGAUUUUAAUUGUGAUGUGAAAGAUUUCAUUGUUUUUACUUAUUGAUUUUUAUUUUUCUCCUCCCCUACAGAUGUUCACCCAGUGCCAGCUGAAAUCGGGGCAUGUGAUACCUCUUUGGAAUCCUUUGCAUCUAGUUUAGCCAAAGCCAUUGAAAUGGAUGCUAAAAUAAGUUUGUUUGGGGAAGACGCAAUGCAAGCUUCCUCUGUACUACGAAGUACACCAGGGAACAGCAAUAUAAACAAAGGCAGCCGAAAUCAUGUUAUCCCAAAGCAGAGGCUCAUACUGCAAAGUAUUGAUGAAGGAAAUCUGUAAAUAGCCUGAUGUGUGCUGUGUUGUAUACGACUGUGCUUCUCUUCCUGUGGUACAUGUACCCAGGGGGUAUGUCGAGAACGGUUUAAUAUUGCAAGUGUUAAUAUUAGGAGUCCUUGUUGACUUAAAAGUUUACAAUAGGAAUAUUUGGCUAGAAUGUGUUCUGAAUGUUACACUGGUUUGUGGAGAAAUUGUGUUCCAUUCACCAAACCUAACUGCAAUGCUAAAUAGCCCUAAAGUAUUGUCUUAGUAUAAAGUAUAACAUAUAAGACAUGGUAUUCUUAAAUGGAAGUGUUUCUCUACUUACAGUAAUAACCACUUAUCAAUAUAGUCACUGGGACAAGUGGAGCAAAUCACUGGGAUCAAUUACAUUGGGAUCAAUUUAUUGUGUGCCACGUAACAUGCAUUUCUCAUAGUGUUUAUUUAUAUAUACUGUUGUAAUCAAAAUUAUUCAAUCGCCAGACUUUCAGCUGUUUGCAAUGAACACAUCAAACAAAAGCAAUUAAAAUAGCUCAACACAACCAAUGAUUCAAGUGGUUUCCGCAAAUUCAACUGAAAAUGCAACUUCAUCAAUCUCAAAUUAUUCAACCCCUUCAUGGCAAGCAUAUUUUGUACCUAGUAGAGCAGCUUUUUGUUGUUAUGACCUGCUGCAAACAAGAUGCAUAGCCAGAAACCAGCUUCUGGCAGCAUUCUUGAGUAAUCUUAGCCCAUUGUUCAUGAGCAAUGGCCUCCAGUUUGAUUAUAUUCUUGGGAUUGCGUGCUGCAUCUGCCGCCUUAAUAUCCCACCAGAAAUUCGGUUUCAAGUCAGGUGACUUGGCCACUGUAGAAUUUUCCAAGACUUUUUUUUGUUGGAAGGUCCAAUGACGCUUAUGUUUCAGCUUCCUCACUGAUGGCAUGACGUUUUCUCAUAGGAUUUCCUGAUACUUCAAUAAAUCCAUCUUGCCUUUUACACGCUGCAGGUUUCCAGUGCCAGAGGAUGCAAAAUUUAUGCUUCAUUCUUCUUCUUCCUGACAUACCUCUGAUCCAUUGGGCUGAAAAGUUCGUUUUAUUUUAUCACUCCACAGAACAGAAUCCUUAAAAUUCUGUGGCUUCUUUAUAUGAUUUUGAGCAAAUUGGAGCUGACUUUUCCAGUGCUUUUGUUUAAAUAGUGGUGUAUGUCUUGGAGUUCUGACAUGGAAAACCUUCUGCGUUUUAGUACGCACCGUACUGAGCUCACUGAUAUCUCAGUGGUUGUUGUCAGCAAGUCUUGCUGCAGGUCUUUUGCAGUCACUCACAGGUUUUUUACAACCUGCCCUCUGAGAAAUCUGGUUACAGAGGAAGACAUCAAUGGCUGUAUGCCCCAUCUGGGUAGUGUAACCAUUGUUUCUUCAUCUUUGAACUUGCUAACUAUGCUUCCAAAGAUGUCUAUCUUUUUGCAUCCCGUUCCUUGUUUGUGAAGGGCGAUGAUCUCUUAAUCUCUUCUCUUAACUUUGUGAACCAUUAUUUUAGUCAUAUUUCUAACAUGCAGUUAAAGGUGACACUCAACAAACCCCUAGACAGUUCAGGUAUCUCAAGUGUUCCUGCUCAAGCACACGUGGUGCAACUAAUGAAGCCCUUCAUGAGUUGUAUCAGGUGUGCUUGAGAUAACUGUUUUGCAUAUUUGUGCUGUUUUGAGGGAUUCCAUUCAGGGGGGUUGAAUAAUUUUAAGGCUGGAGAAGUCUUUGUAAGUUGCAUUUUUAGUUGCAUUUAGGGAAUCCAUUGAAUCAUUCAUUGUGUUGAGCUAUUUCUUUGCUUUUGUUUGAUUUGUUCAUUGCAAACCUGUAAAUUCUGCAAAUUUUGAUGAUAAACCUGGUUAUCAAUGAGGGUUGAAUAACUUUGAUUGCAACUGUAUAUCCUAUAUAUCAGUCACUACAAAUGCUAUUGUUCAAAUUGUUUUGAAAGUGUUACUUAUCGUGUUUUGAUUGACAUAGGAAAGGUGUGAUAAUCCAGUACUGUGUACUGCAAUCAUUUAUUGUAUAAACUCACCGUGCACAAUGCUAAAGUGGAUUACAAUUUAAAACAUUGUACAAUGCCUAUAAUGCAGACAUAUGUUUACUUAUUUAUUGUUCUACUUUUUUUUUAUAUAUUUUUUUUUAAUGGAAAAGACUGACUUGCCUUAAUUUGUUUUCUUCUACCAAAUGUGCUUUGGACCACAUUUUCUAAAUUUGAUUUCUUUGUAUGAAUAUAUCUGUAUUCAGCAAGUGGUACUGUACAACUGCAAAUUCCUUUUUUUAUGUUUUAGUUCUGCAUGCAUGUUUUUUUAAAAUAGAUUUGAUUUUUUUAUAUUUUUUCUUAUGCAAUUUCUUUUUUUUUAAAAAUUUUUGUACUAUUUUUAGAAUUUUGGCAGUAAAAAAAAUCCAAGCUGUCUGGUGUGGUGUGUGUUUUUUUUUUUUUUUUUUUUUUUUUUUUUUUUUUUUUUUUUUUUUUUUUUUUUUUUUUU